AUGGCUGCCAUCUCCAUUUCCUCCGCGAUUCUUCCCACUGCCAAAACCCCCAACGACGCUUCUACACGCAACAACAAGGCAUCCAAUCUUCCCUUCUCCUAUUCUACCGUUUCUCUCUGCAACCGCUGCCUCUCCACCUGCAAUUUGAAGAUUCCCCUCUCCCGCCGUCGCGUCAUUUCCAGCGCUCUGCAGACCGAUUUCCCGUCCGAAACAAGUCGCUCGGCGUCGGCGAAGCCUACGAUCUUGGUCUCCGAGAAGCUCGGAGAGGCAGGGCUCGAUUUGCUCCGGAAAUUUGGGAACGUCGAGUGCUUGUACAAUUUAUCGCAGGAAGAACUCUGCGAGAAGAUUCGUGACUGCGAUGCGCUGAUUGUACGGAGCGAGACGAAGGUGACGCGCCAGGCGUUUGAGGCGUCGCAAGGAAGGCUGAAAGUCGUCGGACGAGCCGGCGUCGGGAUUGAUAAUGUGGAUAUUCAUGCGGCGACGGAGUUUGGUUGCUUGGUCGUCAAUGCGCCCACGGCCAAUACGGUUGCCGCCGCCGAGCACGGAAUUGCGUUGCUUACUGCCAUGGCGAGGAAUGUCGCGCAGGCAGAUGCGUCCAUGAAAGUCGGAAUAUGGCAACGGAGCAAAUACGUCGGAACUUCUCUUGUCGGGAAGACACUGGCAGUGAUGGGAUUAGGCAAAGUAGGCUCUGAAGUCGCGAGGCGAGCGAAAGGACUUGGAAUGAACGUCAUCGCCUGCGAUCCUUUUGCUCCGCCUGACAGAGCUCACGCAAUUGGCGUCGACUUAGUCUCCUUCGACGAAGCCAUCUCCUCUGCAGACUUCAUCUCUCUGCACAUGCCUCUUACUUCUUCGACGAACAAGCUCUUCAACGACAAAACGUUCUCGAAGAUGAAGAACGGCGUGCGCAUCAUCAACGUCGCCCGGGGUGGAGUUAUCGACGAAGACGCUUUGGUUAGAGCUCUCGACGCCGGAAUCGUCGUGCAGGCUGCGCUCGACGUGUUCACGGAGGAGCCCCCGCCGAAGGACAGCAAACUAGUACAGCACGAGAAAGUCACGGCUACGCCGCACCUCGGCGCGAGCACGAUGGAAGCGCAGGAAGACGUGGCUGUCGAAAUAGCCGAGGCUGUCGUCGGCGCGUUGAAAGGAGAUCUCGCCGCGACUGCCGUCAACGCUCCGGUGGUUCCUCCGGAGGUUAUGUCGGAGUUGGCUCCUUACGUCGCGCUAGCGGAGAAGCUCGGCAGGCUCGCCGUACAAUUGGUCUCCGGCAGCGGCGGAGUCCAGUCGGUGAAGGUGAUAUACACUACGGCGCGGAGCCCCGACGACUUGGACACUCGACUUCUCCGCGCGAUGAUCACGAAGGGAAUCGUCGAGCCUAUAUCCAACACCCGGAUCAACAUCGUAAAUGCCGACUUCGUCGGGAAGCAGAAAGGCCUCCGAAUCAGCGAGGAGCGGAUUCUCUCCGGCUCAUCGCCGGAGAAUCCCGUCGAGUUGAUCCAAGUGCAGAUAACCAACGCCCGAUCGAAAUUCGCGAGCGCGGUGCUUGACAACAGUGAGAUCAUCAGCGUCGAGGGCAGGGUGAAACGCGGGAUGCCGAUUCUGACGGGUGUCGGAGCAUUCGGCGUCGACGCGAGCCUCGAAGGGAACCUGAUACUGUGCAACCAAGUCGACCAGCCGGGGAUGAUCGGAGAAGUCGGGACCAUCCUCGGACAGCACGACGUGAACGUUAAUUUCAUGAGCGUCGGGCGGACGGUGAAGCGAUCGACGGCGAUUAUGGCGAUCGGCGUCGACGAAAAACCUGACAAAAAGGUGCUCGCGAAGAUCGGCGAAGUUCCGGCGAUCGAAGAGUUCAUAUUCCUUAGCCUUUGA